AUGUGCAAACAUAUACUUAACGCUCAGGUUUCAAUUCGUGCACCAUGCUGUAAGCGUUGGUUUGAUUGUGCUGAAUGCCAUGCAGAAGCAUCAGAUCAUGAAUUAGCAAAGUCCAUUGAGAUGGUUUUUGCCUGCAAAAAAUGUAAAAAAUGUUUCCGUAAAGAUCUGGAGAAUUUUGAUGAAACAGAUGAAUAUUGCCCUCACUGUGACAAUCAUUAUGUGUUGGAAGCCAAAACUCCUUCCUUUGGGAUUGGCGUUGAAGGGGAUGAUCCAAGGCUUGAUAAUAGAUUGAUUAAAGAUGAACGUAUAAAACAGGAUCCUAAAAAGAGUAUUUUCAAUCAAGAUAUUACAUAUAGAAUGGAUCGAAUUAGAAGGAAAAAUUAUUUAUUAUUCCAACUUGCUUUUUUUCAAUCUUCUAGACACGUUUUCGGUACGGGGUCAAAACAUGAAAAUUGCUUUGAUAAUGUUAAAGUUUCGUCAAACGCGUGGGAUACUAAUCUCGUGAAAGUUAAUCCUUCAUUUGUUUCCAUUAAUUGGAAUGCCGGGGGAGGCGGGGCUUUUGCCGUCAUUCCACAUAAGAAUGUUGGUAAAAUUCAUGACGGUAUACCACUUUAUCGCGCACAUACCGCUCCCGUUUUGGAUACAGACUUUGCGAACUUUAACGAUAACGUUGUUGCAUCAUGUGGGGAAGAUUCCAAGGUAAUGAUUUGGACAGUUCCAGAAGAACUCGGUGAACCAGAAUCUCCUGAUAUUGAACCCGUAUCAAAAUUGACUGGUCAUGGAAGAAAAGUUGGUCAUGUCCUAUUUCAUCCUGUGGCAGAUAAUGUUCUUGCUUCUUCAUCCGCGGAUCUUACCAUAAAAUUAUGGGAUAUUGAAAAAGGUGUAGAAAAACAAGAACUCAAAGGUUUCUUGGAUUUUGUACAAUCUAUGUCUUGGAAUUGGAAUGGUAGUUUAAUGGUUACUACAUGUCGUGACAAGAAACUCAGGAUUUUUGAUGUUCGAUCUAGUAAGGUAGUUCAAGAAGCCGCAAGUCAUCAGGGUAUUAAAGGGUCUAGAGUAGUAUGGCUUGGUGACACUGAACGACUUGCGACAACAGGUUUUUCCAAGAUGAGUGAUCGUCAGGUUUAUCUUUGGGAUUCAACUCAAUUAGAGAAACCUAUUAAAACUAUGAUGUUGGACACAUCAUCUGGGAUUGUUAUGCCAUUUUAUGAUGAAGAUACAAAGAUAUUGUAUUUGGCAGGCAAGGGGUCAGUAAAAGAUGUGUUGAAGUCUGAUGGGAAUAUUCGAUAUUAUGAAUUCGAAAAUGAUGAAUUAUUCUUUUUGUCAGAGUACAAAUCAUCUGAACCUCAACGCGGAAUGGCAUUUAUGCCUAAACGUGGUGUAAACGUUAAUGAAUGCGAAAUUACCAAGGCUUAUAAAGUUACUAGUAAUUGUAUUGAACCAAUUUCAUUUGUAGUGCCACGAAGGUCUGAUGGUUUUCAACCUGAUUUAUUCCCUCCGGCAUUAAGUGAUGAACCAGCAUUAACAGCCGAUGAAUUUUUUGGAGGUAAAAAUGCAAAUCCAAAAACUAUUGAUUUAGAAAAUGGAUUUGUUGCUAAGGAGAAGAAAGAGUUUGUUUCUUCCGCGCCAAAAGAAGAGGAGAAAAUUCCAAAAACUGAAAAGGAUGUAUGUUUUAAAGAGGCUUAA